GUUUAGUGGUGUGACCUCAUAAGACUGCGCCGCUCUGUCUUCUUUCUUCGACUGAAGAAAGGACUCCUGCUGAAUCAUCUGAGAUCCACGUAACACACUGUUAUAAAGAUGGAGUUUAUUAAAGAAGAGAGUGAAAACAUGAAGAUUGAAGCAUUCAGAGUCAAACAUGAAGAUACUGAGGAACAAACAGACCUGAUGGCGCUGAAAGACGAGAGGAAAGAACUUACAAAGAUAGAAGAGAAAGAUCAAUACGAGAAAACUGACUUCAUGAUUGUGGAAAAAUCCAUACAGACUGAAACAACUUCAUCACGAAAAAAAGUUCAGCAGACCGAAUCUAACAGUUACUUCACCUGCCAUCAAUGUGGAAGGAGGUUCAAUCAAAAAUAUAACCUUAAAAACCACAUGAGAAUUCAUACUGGAGAGAAGCCUUUUACGUGCCAACAGUGUGGAAAGUGUUUUAGACAUAAACAAGGCCUUGGUUCCCACAUGAAGCAUCACACUGGAGAGAAACCUUUCAUAUGCCAACAGUGUGGAAAGAGAUUCUCAAGUAAUGAAAACCUUAAAUACCACAUGAACCAUCACACUGGAGAGAAACCUUUCAUAUGCCAACAGUGUGGAAAGAGCUUCUCACGUAAACAAAACCUUAAAUGCCACAUGACACGUCACACUGGAGAGAAACCUUUCAUUUGCCAGCAGUGUGGAAAGAGCUUCGAUCGAAAACAAACCCUUAAAAGCCACAUGAAAAUUCACACUGGAGAGAAACCCUUCACCUGCCAACAGUGUGGAAAGAGUUUUAUAUAUAAACACAGAUUUAAUUCCCACAUGUUUUGUCACACUGGAGUGAAGCCAUUCACAUGUGAUCAGUGUGGAAAGAGUUUCAGAAAGAAAGAGUCCCUUGAUUUCCACACGAAGAGAGAACACCCAGGAGAGAACGGUUUUAUAUGCCAUCGUGUGGAGAGAGUUUCAGUUGUAAAGUAAACCUCAAAACUCAUGAGACUUCACACUCCAGAGAAGCCAUUGGCAUAUGAUCUGUGUGGAAUGAGUUUCAAACAUAAAGCAACCCUUGAUUAAACCCUUGGAAACUCACACUGGAGAGAGACAUCUUUCACGUGCCAUGACUGUGGAAAGAGUUUCAGAUUUAAAGGA